AUACUACACGCAUCUCAUUCGAUCUAAACUGGAGGGAGUUCUGUGCUGUGAGUAUGCAAUGUUUGUGCAGCUAACUCGCUAGCGGAGUAAAGAUAACUUAUCUAACAGUUACGGCUAACCUGCUUCUCUUCACAAACAAGUCAGCUCUGAGUGACUCUCCAAAUGGAUUUAGAGGAUGACACCACUGUGUUAACAACCUUGAAGUCCUUCAAUUCCUUCAUCAGCCACUCUAAUAAUGCUCCACAGAGGCUGUCCGAGCACUCAGCGGGGAAUGGAAACCUGCAGAGUCAGUACAAACGCAGCAUGGAGUUGCUGGAUGCAGCAGACAGAGUUCACUCCAAGAAUCGCUACCUUCAGUUGGACCAGGAGAAGAAGCGGAUGGAGCUGAGUCACAAGCGAGCUCGAUUUGAACUGGAGAAGGCUGCUUCUGACAGUGCACGAGACUUUGAGCAUGAGGUUGACCGGAACCAGGACCUCUUGGGGCAAAUCAAAAAGUUGGGUGAGAGAGAGACUGAUGCAGCUAAGAACCUAUCAGAACAGGUGGAGUUAAAUUGUGCUCUCCGUCAGAACCUGAAGGCCCUGAACAGGAAACUGGAGGAGCGAGACACGAGACUGAACACUGCUAACCAGACCAUCAGUUCUUUGAAGGAUGAGAUCAGAGAGCUGAAGCAGAAGAUUCAAAACCAAGACUCGACAAUUUCUUCUCAAGCCCUUGAAAGGCAGGAACUGCAGGAACAGUUAGAUUUACAACGCAGGAAGUAUCAGGAAGUCUCUCAGCUUUGCCAAAGUCUCCAAGCUGCCCAAUCCUCCUGCUCGGAGCACAUCAUCAAGAUAAAGGAGUUGGAGAGGUGUCUCACCCUCCAGGAGCAAGACAUUGCCAUUGUGAAGACUAUCAAGUCUGAGGCGGCCAAGGUUCCAGACCUGGAAAAGGAGUUGAAGUGCCUCAGAGAAGAUAAUGCCUUUCUCAGGGAGAGCAGGGAGAACUGCAGCCUGUUGAAAGAGGAGGUGGAGGGGCUGAGGAGGAAGCUGGAGAGGAUGCAGAAAACAAAAGAAGAGCUGGUUAAUAUUGAGCUGGAGAAGGAGAGGUUGGCAGAGAAGCUCCAAGCCUGGGAAAACCUUGGGCAAUCUACUGGACUCAACAUAAGGAAACCCGAGGAUCUGUCCAGGGAGGUGAUUCAGAUCCAGCAGAGAGAAAUUGCUCUGAAAGAGCAGAACUACAAUCUCAACAGCCGUGUGAGGAGUGUGGAGCAUUCUCAGUCUGAGCUGCGUGCAGAGCUGGCCCAGCAGCGCAGCAAAACCCUGGAGGAGCAGAAGAAGAGGGAGACACAGGAAGCUCUUGUACGUCGACUACAGAAGAGAGUGCUGUUAUUAACCAAGGAGCGUGACGGAAUGCGUGCCAUACUAGAGUCCUAUGACAGCGAGCUGGCACCUUCUGAGUACUCUCCUCAACUCAGCAAACGGCUCAGAGAGGCAGAGGACAUACUGCAGAAGACACAGAACCACAAUGCAGAGAUGGAGGGACAGUUGACCAAAGCACAGGAAGAGAAAGGCACUCUGAAACUGCAGCUGCAAACAGUGGAGCUGGAACUGGACUCUCUAAAGAAGCACCAGGCCUCUGCUGCUGACAGCAACUCUUCAGUGAACAAAGAAGAGGUCAGCAUACUCAGACAGAAAAUUGAAGAUUUAGAGGCGGAGCGGCAGCGUCUGGAGGAGCAGAACAACAUUCUGGAGAUGAGACUGGAGAGACACAAACUACAGGGAGACUAUGAUCCCGUCAAAACCAGAGUUCUCCACUUCAAAAUGAACCCUACCUCUGUUGCCAAGCAACAGCGCCAGCAGGAUGUUGAGGCUCUUCAGGAGGAAGUGACACGUCUCAGGGAACUCGUGCGCUCAUUGCAGGAUGGAAGUGCCAUGGUCCAUUCACAAGACGACUCAAGUAUGCACGCCUCCAGCCUUGGCCUCAGUUUUCCGCCAUCAAAGGAGGUGCUUGAUUUACGUAAACAGAUGGAGAGCUCAGAGCUCCGGAACCAGAGGCUGAAGGAGGUGUUUCAGAGGAAAAUUCAGGAGUUCCGCACAGUCUGCUACGUCCUGACCGGCUAUCAGAUGGAUAUCACCACAGAAAACCAGUACAGGCUCACCUCAGUAUAUGCAGAGCACAUGGACGACUCCUUGCUCUUCAAAAAGGGCUCCAAUGGAAGCAUGCAACUCAUGGAGACAGAGUUUUCAAAAACUUUGGGCGAGAUGGUGGCCCUUCAUCUGCAUCACCAGAUGAGCAUCCCAGCAUUCCUCUCUGCUGUGACCCUCGACCUCUUUAGCCGACAAACCGUGAUCUGAAGUAACUUGACACCCACUCUAUCACACAGCUGAUGCAUUUGGGAUGGUAUUAGUUUUCUUUUCAAUUUCCAGUUUUUUUGCUCUCUUUCUUGCUUUUUUCUGUCUCAUAGGAUAUUCACCGAGUUCUCUCAACAGCUUGAUAUAGAAGUAGUGUAGUCAGUGCUGUGUAGUGGAAGAUGAACUCCGUGUUUGAUGAAAUACUUCUAUCUUGUAUUCAACAAAGCUAAGAAAGCAACUUGGUCUCCCUAUUUGUACGCUGAAUAUUUCAUCACUGAAACUUUGAGAAAUACCUUUUUCUUAACAAGACGAAGUUGUUAUUAAAAUGCCACACAAAAACCACUAAAAUUUGGAUUUGGAGCAUGUUUAUUUACAUUGGGAGUUUGAAGCACACUUCCCACCAUGUUCAAUACACACAGUGUGGAGAAAGGUUUAUGUGGUUCUCUGGAUCUGUAGUGGAUGCAUGUUGCGUGGUCUUUACCAAGACUGAAUCUUUUGACUCUUUUUAUUCUGCUUUUUGUCUCCUCUCUCUUGGGGAUUUAUGUUAAACGUUGUACACCAAUGUUUUGUGGUAACAGCUAUUCCACGCCGAUCCAAUUUAAAUACACGAUCUGUGGAUUCUAUUUUUUUCUUUCCUUUUUUUCAUUCAAGUCCUGGGAUGUAUUAAAAUUUGAUUUUGGAUUUAGUGUUAAUCAUAAUCUAAUUUAGUCAUGCCAUAUGUAUGAAUUGUUUAUUUUUAAUUAUUAUUGAACUAUAAUUUGAAUUCAUGAUUAUGUGCUUGAAUUGAAGAUAAUGUCUAAACUCAAAUUCCCUGCACUCAUCUCUCUCUGGGUUCUUUCUGUUAGAAAAGGGAAUAAUUGCAGAGGUAACAAAAAAAACGGAGAAUACGGAGAUAAACAUUCAAAAUUUGGACUACCAUGUGAUCCUAAGACCACAGAGUGUAUAAGUGCAACAGGGAGUAGAUGGUUGUGGAUGUGGAUCUAUUACGAGCCCUGUUGCCCUCCGUAAGCUGUUUUAUUCAUUCAUUUAAAAUGGGGAAACUAAACAAAUAAUCAUGACACCAAACCAUUUGAGAUGUAGUCUUGCAUAGCCAAACCUACUUCAGCGCUGUGGAGAUAGAUCUGGCUGAUCCAAUUAUCAUUUAUUUUUAUCAUUGUUUGAAGUCAUUUUAAAUAUUAUAGAUAGCAAACAGCCUUACCUUCCGCCUUUUUAAAAAUGCAACUGCUUUACGAUAACAUUACUGCAACAACACACGUUAGCUUGUCAUGUUAGUUUAGGAUUAGAUCAUGUGGGUUGCGUUUGAAUUGAUUGGAAUGGAACGACACGUGAGUUGUCAGUUUUUUUAUCUUUUUUUAUUUUUAUGAGGAUUUUUUUUUUUAUCACAGGGUUUUAAACUAUAUACAUAUUUUUAGUUUCCUCUCCUGAAAUGCUUCAUACACAUUAUUAAUAGUAACAGAUCCCCCAGGAUUCUUUAACGUGAAUGUUAACAUUUGUUUUGUAACCUUUUAUAAUGCAGAAAGAAAUCUUUGGAUAUAAAUCUAAUAUGAAUGACCUUUGAGUUCCUCCGGUUAUGAAUUUGGUUAACGAUCAUGCCUGUGUGUGUUGGUGCGAGUACAAACACCAGAUAACACGAGGCAAAUUUCUAGGCAGCAAUAAAGAGAAAUGGCAGAAAUAAACAUGGGGUAUAGAGGAAGCAAGGAAACAAUCCAAUAAAACUGAGAAACAAAAGGAAGCGAGUUAAGAAUAAAGCCACUUAUCACAGCAACAAACAUGAGAACUCCAGCUGGUGCAGCCAUAUGUCUCAUGAGAAAACAUAUUCUCCUGUACAGUACAUGCCACAAACUGUCCUUGGUUCUUUCUUUUUUUACAUUCAUUUUCACAGCACAUCUCCUCCACAACCCGCCGCUCUCACCUAGAGGUAAUAUUUUAGAGUGUUUUAUAUAAGCUGUGUAAUACAUACAGCACUAUGGUAUACAAUGUUCUCAUUCAGGCAGUGUGUGAUGUUCUGUGGCUAUAUCGCUAUUGUCCACAUCCAAUAAAAAUGACUGUACCUCUUUACUGUUUUAAAUUUGAAAUGCAAAUGUAAUCAAUAAAGCAUAUAUGUGACUGACCAUUGACAA